AUGAAGUGUAUUAUUACUUCUCAAAUUAGCUUAAAAAAUGCUUGCCAGAUUUAAACAAACUUCAUGUGCUUUAGGUAUUUGAUUUAUCAAAUGCUUCUACUUGCAAUCUUUUAGCUAUAAGGUAGACCUGAAAAUUGCUUCAGCAAGGAUCAAUUCCCAAUAUUUGUAGGUGAUGGCAAAAAUGACUAUGAGAUUUCUGUCAUUGCUACAGAUCGUAAUGACUAAGGCUUCCUAUUUGGAGGUACUGACUCAUAAAAUUCUUAUAUUGUUUUUACUGGAAAUAUCGAAAAUGAUUUUUAUAAGGCAUUUUCAUUAGUUGGAGUACUAGAAUCAAAUGGACAGCAAGUUUUUAAUGUAGCAUUUAAAUACAAUGUAGAUGUAUAAGCUCUUUACCCUCAUAUUUUAAAGUUUUUAGAAUCUUAAAACUUGCACAUUGGAUGCCUAUAAUCAAAAUCAAAUUAAAACUUUAUUGGCUAUUUUACUUUACAAAAUUCUCAAGAAUCAUAAAAUUACAACUAUGGUGGCAGAUAUCUUAUUUAGUAAGAGUCAAUAGAUGGUAACUAUUAGCUAUAAUGUUUGGAAAUAAGUUACUAUACUGAUACAAAUUACUAUGAUGGGGAGGAUAGACUUUUUGUAAUUCUAAUAGAUUAUGAAAAGUUUUUUGACAAGAACCAAGAUGAAAUCUUAGUAGCUUGGUAUGAGUCUUCAAAUAAUCCUGGAAAGAAAAUAUAUUGGACUCAGAUACUUAGUUAGUUAGAAUAAUAUUAAUAUCUUUAUCUAAUUGGAAGGUACUACCAUUAAACAUCGGGCAAUUCCUAUGGAGUUAUUUAUAGAAGUUAGCCCACUGGAAAACAAUUUGGCUGCUAUGGAUUCAAUGAUUUAGUGUCUGAUAUUACUGAUGUAGGCUAAAAAACCGAAAUAAUGAAAAAUUUUAUAUAAGGGUAACAAGAUCAACCAUCUAUAGAUGUGGAUUGGGUGAGUCCUUAUUAUAGUAUAAAGCACUAGAUGACUUUAGAACUUACUGACAUUAGAAAAAAUCAGCAUAUGUUUGAUAAUGACAAUAGCUGCAGUUUAGUAGGAGGAUACCCCAAAAUUGAAGUUUCUUAAGGAAAAUCAUUUAAAAAUACCACUGUCUGCUUUAUAGGAUGUCCCUGCACCAUUAAAAUAGGAAACUACUCAAUUAAAAGCUGCUCAGAUGUGAGUUUUCUAGAAUUUAGCAUCACAGAUAAGAAUGAAGACUUAGACUAGAUUACUAGACAAUAAUAAAUUGAUUUUUCUACAAUUAUACUUGAAGUAUCUCUCUAAGAAACUAGUAAUAGCCAUCCAUAAAAAAAGAUAUUUAUUGGCAAACAUACAAUAGUUGUCAAGGCAUUUGUGAAAUUAAAAAAUGGAUUUACAUACAGUUAUCAUGAAUCUUAAUUCACUCUACAAGUAGACUUCUGCUAAAAUCAAUUGAAUUAUAUAAAAUUUCCCAAUUUUAAGAAUAUGUUCUUUAUGAUUGGGUAGGAUGCAGCUAAUCAAACAUUUAUAAAUCAUAGCUUUGAGCCAUCUGGAUGCACAAAUCCUUAAUACUACUUGUUUUUAAAUAAUGGAAGAAACUUGCCUAGUUGUAUUUAUCUAGAUUAAGAUUAAGGAGUGAUUGUUAUUAAAUGCACUGAGUCUAAUUUAAAUGGAAAGGUAACUGCAAUAAUUAAUGAAAAAGAUUAAAUAGGUUAAGCUAUUUUCAUUAAUAGGUUCUAGAUUUACCUUAUAUCAAAUGCUUAUAUGAUCAAUACUGCAGCUCCAAUGUUUUUAGAGCCAUUAUAGGAUUAGACUUUGGUUGAGGGUUAGUUAUUGACCUAUAAAUUACCUUAAAUUGUGGAUCAAGAGAGUCGUAGCUAUUAUAUUGAAACAAACUUUGGAUAGAGCGCAAUAUUUUGUAAGUUUAAAUCAGGCUAGAUUGAAUUUUUACCCUAAAUUGGAUUCUCUGGCUAGUAUGAAAUAGUUAUAAAGCUUAAAGACUCAUUGAAACCAGAUAUUUAAAAUAAGUAUACAUUGAAGGUAAAUGUUUUAGCGAGUGAAUCACUAAAUAUAACUGAAGUAAAUAGAAUCAAAUAGAUCAAAGAAGAGACUAAAGGAUUUUUAAGAGCAAGAAUAAAAAAAGUUACUAAUACUGGUCAUGUAUACAUCCUAUUUAGUGAUAAGAUGCUGCUAUAUGCUAAUUUUUAGAACUAUCUAAAUGAUUCUUUGGAAGUAAUUUUUCCCCCUUUCAUUUUAAACUUAGCUAAGGAUAGUCACGAAAGAUUCGGAAAUCAAAGUAGGAUACGAAGUUAAAUAAUUCUAUGA